AUGCUUCAAGCUGAUUUGCCGGCGGGAAAGUUUCGACGGAAUGUGCAGAGAGUGAAGAACAGCUUGAAACUGAUUCAAGUCAUGGACAAGCGAGAUUCCCCUGUUGAUCCCCUCAAGGCACUAGUUGAGCCUAAAGAAGAUGAGAUCUCUCUUCUGCACCAACUCAAUCAGAUCGAGGCCGAGCUGGCAGGACGCGGGGUUGACGGCAAAAUGAAAGACAUACAACAGAGAUUGACUCGUGCUACACAAGAGUUGUCGCAAGCAGAGUCUCUCUACUCCUCCUGCUUGUCAGCGGCACAGAAGAUUGAGAAGGUUGAGAAAGACAUGGCAGAGAUCGAAUCGACUAAGUCAGCAGCUGCACCUGGCGAGGGCACCGAGAGGAGGUUGGCGCGGAGGUUGGAGAUGCUGAGGAAGAGGAGGAGCUACCUCGAGAAGUUGGGAAGUCGGACAGAAGAGCUGAAGGGUCUUGUAGCAGCGCGUCGAUCCAGAUUGAAGCAAGUUUCUCAGGAGCAUGAGCAGGCGAUCCAGGAGAUUGCGCCCUUUGAAGAUCAGAGGAGACAAGUUAUGAAGAUGUUCUCCGAUGUGCCGUCUGUCGAUCUUUCUUCUGUUCUCUCUCUUCCAAACAUCUUCGUCUCCUCCCAUCCUGACAUCGGCAUCCUCUACUUCGGCGUCGUCGCUCUGCUCGACGUGUCCAUGGCGGAAGAAGACCUUGAGAUCCGACAUGUCCCUAAAGAUCGUCUCGUUCAGUUCGUCGCCUGCACAUUCGGGCGCUCGCGGGGAGAGAGAUUCUCGUCGCUCAUCACCACAGACACUGUCUCCUCCGUCAUCGAGGACUACGAGGCCGAGGAACUGGUGCGGGGGAGGUUUGAAGUCGGGGAGGAGGGAGAGCUUCUUUUCGGUAGCGGAAAGCACAACAUGCUCGCUCCUGCCCUUGCGCGGCCUCCGCUCGCUGAUGAGCAGCUCAGCAACCAGCGGGAAAUGCGAGGAUCUCUUGCGGUUGUGCAUGGCGGCAGGUGUGCGGUAGCUCUCAAGGCUCUGCGGGCGCUGCAGGCGGGAGCAGAGGGGGUGGUCGUCCUCCUCGAUUUAGAUCCCUCGCGCCCCCUCCUCCCUCCUGCUCCCGGACGUUUGGAGGCGGCGGAGCAAGUGGACGUGCCUGUUCUGUGCAUGAGGAAGGAGGACGAAGGUCGACUGCUGGCUGCCCAUCGCGUGAAGGUCUGCAUGCUGAAGAGCGGGUUUGAAGCGUCGCUGGAGGAGGAGAAGGAGGAGGAUCAGUCGCAGGAGCUGAUAUCACCUAGGAAGACGAGGAGGCGGGAGAACAUCUUGGAGGAAGAUGAAGUGGAGGAGGAGAGAGGGAAGGGCGUAGAGGAGUUGACAGAGAAAUGGAGCAAGUGGAAGGAAUUCAAACCUGCGCCGAAGAAGAACUGA